UUCCUUUUCACCGAUUCAAACCCACUCAUUCAUCACAUCCCGGCACCCUCCGCCACCUUCCACGGCGGCAGUACCCAGAUCCUCCUCCCCGAGUUCCCGGACCACCACCACCACCACCACCACCAAAUUUCUUCAUAUGAAACCGACAUUAUUAAAAACAAUGUCCUCACUCGGGGUGCGGCCAAUAAGGGUGGAUGCCGUUUUAAACCGGCAAGGACUCACCCGAUGGUGUUUCCGAGCAGGACGGUGAAGAAGAAGAAGGUGGCGAUCAAAAACGACCGGCACACUAAAAUAAUGACCGCCCAAGGGUUGAGGGACCGGAGGGUUCGGCUCUCAAUAAGCAUCGCCCGUAAGUUCUUUGAUCUCCAAGACACUCUGGGGUUCGACAAGCCGAGCAAAACCCUCAAUUGGCUCUUCGCCAAGUCCAGGCUCGCCAUCGAAGAGCUCGUCCGUGCCAAGGACGAGAACGCUGGCGAGCCUCUGGAAAUGGGGAAGAGGGCAAAACCCUAUCCCGUCAAAGAUGAAAGCCGCGGCGGCGUUGGGAUUGGAAUUGAUGAGUGUAGCGGGGACAAUGUCGCGAGAGAGUCGAGGGCAAAGGCGCGGGCGAGAGCUAGGGCAAGAACCAUCAUCAAGAAAAUGUGCACUAAGGAGGCAUUAAUAAUGAGUGAGGUUCCCAAACUUCCCUUAAUCAAAUCUCUCUUUCACACUAAUAGGAGUGAAGUGGCAUCUAAGAAAGAAGAAUCUGAGGUUGGGUCAAUGUGGGAUAUACCCCAACAUCUUCGGAUGCCAAUUAAUAAAGAUUUGGGGUCACUCAACAAUAGCAACAACAACAUCAACAACCCUGGAAAUUGGAACUAUGCUGGGAGCACUACUAGUGUAUUGUCGUCCCAAGUGCAUACAAAAUCCUGGGAGUGGUCUGCCCACAACUACCAAUGCUAAUUGAUGUGGAUUAUAUAUACAGCUAAGUCGUGCAUGGCUAUGUAUAGCUAGCUAGCUAGGUAUAUGGAGUACACGCUGCUAGCUGCUUCGUUCUUGAAUAUAAUAUUAUUAUAUUGGUGCAUGCAUAAAGGCUAUAAUAUAACGAAUCUUUACGUACAACCUCCUGAAUUGGAUAUUACCCUUCAAUGAAUAAUUUUCUGUGUU